UCGGCAAUCUGGCGGCCGACAGUGCCGGCCUGGGUAACACGCGGCUGGUAACACUUUUACAACUCCGUUCUUUGUACUACUUGCAAUAGAGGUUGCCCUCAUGGUGAGCAAAAGCCAUUUGCAAAAGCCACUGUUCUGGGAGGUGGACGCCAUCCAAGCAACAGGUUUAGGGGCCAGCACUUGACAAAGCACUUCGGCAUUCCUUUCUAAGGAGGAAAAGAGGGGCCUGCAGAAGCGAUUACACUUUGGCAAGUGGGACUCCUUAACACUGAAGACAACUGCAUUGACGUUGCAGCAUUGCAUUGAUAACCAUAUUUUGAGAGCGGUACGUCUUUCACCUUCCCAAGAUGGCGGGCGUGCUGGCGGCGAAGUUGAAUGCCAGUGGCUGGGCGAAAUGCAGUCCCAGCAGAGAACUAGAAAGGGGCACAUUUGGGCAGGCACGCAGCAAUUCAGGGAGUCUGGCAGCGGUACAAUGCAACAUGAGUGGAGCUCAAAAGCGUUGCUGCCAAGCACUUUCUUUCCAGCGAAAACGCUUUGAAGCUUGUCGCCAUGGCAUUUUACCAAUGGGUUGGAGACGAGAAAAGGGUGUGGGAGCCCAAAGUGGAAGCAAGCAGAAGCGCGCUGUCAUUGUGUGUGUGCAAGCGGAAGAGACUGAGGGAACAAGCAGAGACCUUGCAGAGGAUUUUGGAGAGGUCGAAAAGAUCCUGGCGAGCCGCGUGUUUGACGGCCAGACACAAUUCUUGAUCACGUGGAAGGACGGUCACGAGGACACGUGGGAGCCCCCGGAGAAUCUCGCAGAGGACGUCAAAGCCGCGUACACGGAACCAUGGUGGAAAGCUGCACGGAAGGGAGACGUCAAGGCACUUACAGAGUUUCUGCAGGACGAGGGGCGCGACGUCAACGCGGUUGACGAAAACCGAAGGACGGCGCUGCACUUUGUUGCGGGGCUCGGGAACGAGGAGGCGCUCCAGCUGCUUAUGGAGGCGGGGGCGGAGGUGGAGCCUUCAGACAAGGAGGGGUUUACGCCCUUGCACAUUGCAGCAGGGUACAUGCACAUCAACAUCGUGAAGCUGCUCCUCGAGUUCGGCGCGGACCCUGAGGCCGCGGACAAGAACGGCCGGACGGUGCUCGACCUGGUGACCGAGCUGCUCGAGCGGACGCCCAAGAUGAACCCCAUGAUGUUCGAACGGCGUAUCGCUCUCGACCAGAUUGUGAACAUGCUGGACGACGCCGUGUACGAAGACGUGUCCGUGGAGCAGAUUCUGGACAAGCGGACGGUCGAGGGCGGCACAGCGGGGGCCAUGACCGAGUACCUCGUGCGGUGGUCGGACGGCACGGAGGACACGUGGGAGCCCGCGACCAAUAUCGCGGACGACUUGAUACAGGACUUUGAGGCUGGACUCGAAUAUGGCGUUGCGGAGCAGAUCCUAGAGAAGCGACGGAGGAAGAAGCGGACGGAGUACCUGGUGAAGUGGCAGGAUUCGGAGGAGCCCUCCUGGGAGCCCGCACGGAACCUCGAUCAGGAGCUGGUCAAGGCAUUCGAAGCCACGCAUCCAAAGGAGAACGAGAACGCGGAGUCUAAUGUUGAAAGUUCGAACGGGGCAGCGCAGUCGGCCGUAGCUUCGUGACUGAUAGCGUGGGGCAAAAAAUAGUUCGUUGCCAGGAAACGGCCUUCAAUCUUGAAAGGCCCUUUUCAUCCUGCGGAAGAUCAGGCACCGAGAAAAGAGAGCCCAGCUUGAGUUUGGGAGUUGGGGCCGUAAACUUACAUAAAGAUGGAAACAUAGUAGCACAGGCUCUUCGACCACUUCUGGAGAAGAUCCGAGCAGAUACCACCGUUGGAACCAUUACAAGCCGUUGGGAUGUCGGUCCUACAACCACCUUCAUUGGUCUCCAAUAUACUUUGGAAAGUUCUUUAUCUGCACGCUGAGCUUGGACUCCUCAUGAUCGAUCAGGGGCACAUCCAGUCUGUGAGCUGAAGGGUCAAGCCACGUAUUCAGCACAAGAAUCAGGCCAGCGUGGGUGCGUGAUUCAUUUCCCC